AUGGGCAUUGAAACUUCUGCCCAUCAUGGGGAGUCGAUCAGCCCUGCUGUCGCUCCCCACCCUCAGCACUCCAGCCAAGAGUCUAUCGCGAUAAACAAGCCUUCCCAGGUUGGCGUAGACACCCCCGUUCCUAAGGUCACUCUACGCGCCUUUGUCAUGGGAGCCUUCGUUUCCAUGGGUGGUCUCCUCUUCGGUUAUGACACGGGUCAGAUCUCUGGUUUCCAGGAAAUGUCCAACUAUCUGCAGCGCUAUGGUGCCCAGAAUAGUGAUGGCGACUAUGAACUCAGCACGGUCCGUUCUGGUUUGAUUGUCAGUCUUCUGUCGAUUGGUACCUUGAUCGGUGCGCUCUGCGGUGCCCCGAUUGCCGAUAAGUUUGGCCGAAAGUGGUCGAUUACCUUCUGGUGUCUCAUCCUCAACGUUGGUCUGAUCGUCCAGAUCGCCUCGCCUUCCGGAAACUGGGUCCAGAUGGCCAUGGGUCGUUGGGUUACCGGUCUGGGUGUUGGUGGCUGCUCUCUGAUCGUCCCCAUGUACCAGGGAGAGAGUGCUCCUCGUCAGAUCCGUGGUGCCAUGAUCUGUUCUUACCAGCUUUUCGUCACCCUGGGUAUCUUCCUGUCCUACUGCAUUAACCUGGGAACCAACACCCUCGAGGGCACCGCCCAAUGGCGUAUCACCCUGGGUCUCACCUUCCUGUUCGCUCUUGUCCUCGGUGGUGGCAUGAUGUUCUUCCCCGAGAGUCCUCGUUUUGACUACCGUCACGGCCGUGUCGACAACGCCCGUGCCACCAUGGCCAAGAUGUACGGUAUCCCCGAGAACCACCGUCUCAUCUACCAGGAGUUGGAGGAGGUCCAGCAGCAGCUGGAUGCCGAGUCCCAGGAGCAGGUCUGGCACGAGUUCAUCACCGCUCCCCGCAUGUUCUACCGCAUCGUGCUUGGAAUGGUGCUCCAGUCCCUGCAGCAGCUUACCGGUGCCAACUACUUCUUCUACUACGGUACUACCAUUUUCGAGGGUGCCGGUAUUUCCAACAGCUUCAUCACCCAGGUCAUCCUGGGAGCCGUUAACUUCGGAACCACCUUCGGAGGCCUCUGGAUCAUCGAGAACUUUGGCCGUCGCAAGUCCCUCAUCACCGGUGCCAUCCUGAUGUUCAUCUUUUUCAUGGCCUUUGCCUCCGUGGGUCACUUUGCCCUUGACGUCGAGACCCCCACCAACACCCCCGGCGCCGGAAAGGGUAUGAUCGUCCUGGCCUGCCUGUUCAUCACCACGUACGCCGUGUCCUGGGGUCCCCAGAUCUGGUCUUUGGCCGCCGAGCUCUUCCCCUCGAAGUACCGUGCCAAGGGCAUGGCCCUGGCCACUGCCGCCAACUGGCUGUGGAACUUCCUCAUCGGAUUCUUCACCCCCUUCAUCACCAAGAAGAUCGAUUUCGCCUACGGCUACGUCUUCGCCGGGUGUCUCUUCUUCGCCAUCGGUGUCGUCUACUUCUUCGUCAUUGAGACCCAGGGCCGCACCCUCGAGGAAAUCGACUGGAUGUACGUCAACAAGGUCGCGCCCUGGAAGAGCACCAAGUUCCAGAUGCCCUCUCUCGGAAGCGACGGUCACAGCGACGAGAAGUACGCUCGCAAGGAGUCUCAGUCCUACCAUGCCGAGAACGUUUAA